AUGGGUGAUGGAUGCGAGACGCACCGACGGGCGUCGACCGCGUCGUCGUCUCCGCCGACGCCGACGCCGAGCGAACGGUGGAGGGGGUGGAUGACGGAGGCGAUCGAACGCGAUGGCGCCGAAACGAUCGAGAUUUUGGCGAAGAUGCCGAACGCGUCGUGUCGAGGGGUCGUCGCGUGCAUGCGACGGGUGACGCCGGAGCGGGACGCGCGCACGCUCGAGGCGCUCGUCGAGGCGUUGAUAUCCAUCGAAGAGCGAACGCACGGAGAAGAUAGGGUAUCGGAGGCAAUCGAUGGACACACCGGGUGCGAUGCGAUCUGUUGGUGCGCGAAACUUGGAUCGGGGAGCGGCGUUCGAGCGCUCGCGAGUCGGACGUCGAAGGCGACGGUCGACGCUUUGGAGACGACGCGGACGUCGGCGGUCAUGUGCGCGUGCAUCGGCGCCUCGAGAGCGCUGACGCCGACGCAGUUGAGUAAAGCUAGUGGAUCGAGCGUCGGUCGCGCGUGGGCGGAUGACGCGGAGGUCGUUCGUCGGACGCGAGAGCGGUACGCAGACGCGCUCGUCGCAGCUUUGGAGUGUCGCUCCGAAGAGGUGAACGAGCGAGCGCCCAACGGAUGGACACCGCUCACGUUCGCGUGUAGACACGCCGAAGUAUUGGGAACGGAGAUGAUUGAGUUUUUAUUGAACGCCGGCGCCGAGGUUAACCUCCCAGACGCUCGCGGGACGACGGCGCUCGCGCACGCGGCUUCGGCGGAUUCGUUCGAGGUGUGCCGCCUCCUCAGAGACGCCGGCGCCGACGCCUCUGUUCGAGACGCUCGCGGGUUCACGCCCGCGAUGACCGCGGCGUUUCGUAAUCCCGGUAACGUAAAAUUAUUAGCCGCACUAGCGAUUGAUUCGCAUUAA